AUGUCUUCCAAGACCCUUGGUAAUAUCGGCGUUUUCGAAAAGGAAGGACAGAGAUUCUCCAAAGCCUCUAGACAGAGAGCACCUACCACGCUGCCACCAGUCACCCAAGACGAAUACACGGUUCAUAGCGCAGAUGAUUAUGCCUCGAUAGUCGACAAAAUGGAAACCUACGGUCUCUGCGUGGUCAAAAAUUUCCUUUCUCGCGAUACCUGCGACCAGAUCUCCCACGAACUGGAGCCGCACUAUUACAGAGACGAAUCAUGGCAAGGCUCACCGUUCCCAAGACAGACCACCGUGGUGACCAGGUGUGCCUUACGGUCGCCCACGACGCUCCACAAGGUGAUCGACAGCAAGCUGUUCACUUCGAUUUCAUCUCAUUUUCUGGAGGAGUCGAAUUACUUUUGGAUAGGCGAGGGCGCACGUGUCGCCACCAGUGGUAUUCAUCUCAACUCCGGGAUUGCGUACCGCGUGGGUAGCGGGGCAGCCGACCAGCGCUACCACAGAGAGGACAUGAUCCAUCACACUUUCCACGAAAGACGCCAGACCUAUCACUAUGGAGACGACACCCUCGUCGGACUCGGGCUAGCCCUCACAGAGAUGUCAGAAGCCAACGGAGCAACCAGGGCGAUUAUUGGCUCACACCUGUGGGGAUCACACGACCCGACUGCCGAGUACGAUCGUAGAUUGGAGGCGUAUCUCAACGUGGAGAAGGGCGACGCCGUGUUGAUGCUAGGGUCACUAUACCACGCAGCGAGCGCAAACUCGACUGCCAACGAUAGAAUCUCGGCGUAUUUCUUCAUGACCAAGGCGUACCUCCGGCAGGAAGAAAACCUACACCUGGACACAGCAAAGGAGGACUUCCGUGGCCUUUCGUUACGUACGUUGGGUCUACUAGGGUUACACACCAGUGACCCGUUCUGUGGACAUAUUGACUAUAAGAGCCCCGCUUUCACCGUCUGUCCUGAGUUGGAAACAGAGGCAUUGAGAAACAUUGCGCAGUACAAAAAUUUGGGCGUAGAGUUGGUGGAUUAG